AUGGCAAUGGCAAACAAUAAAACACACAAUGAAGAAUUUAAACAAAGAAUUAAUGAACAAAAUCAUUCAUUAAUGAAACAAAUUAAUCAAUGGGAAAGAAAUUCAAUCGAAAUAAUUCAACAAAAAGCACAAAAGUGUAGAGAAAUUCUUAUUAAAUCUUCAGAAACAUUGAUUUAUAAUAAUGCAAAGAAAUUUAAUAGUUUAUCUGAACAAAUAAAGCAAAUUCAUAGAGAAAAUGAAAUUGAUUUACAUUAUUUAAAAAAUCAAUUAGCAAAUAUUGUAGAAGAACUAAAUAAUCCACCAAAUAUUUCUCCUCAACAAAAUUCGCAACCAAUUAUUGAUGAAAUUUCAAUUAUUUCAUUAAAAAAAUCAAAACUUAACAAAUGGAAACAAAAUGCCGUCACUGUGGCUGGUGGAAACAGAGAAGAACAAGCAUUAAAUGAACUUAGUCACCCUCAUGGAAUCUUUAUUGAUGAAAAAAAAAAUAUAUUAAUUGCUGAUUGUACUAAUCAUCGUAUUGUUGAAUGGAAAUAUGAUGCAAAAGAAGGACAAAUCAUUGCAGGUAGAAAUGGCAAAGGAGAUAGAAUGGAUCAGUUAAAUUAUCCAACAGAUGUGACUAUUGAUCCACAAAAUCACUCGAUUAUUAUUGCUGAUUCUUUGAAUAGACGAGUGAUUCAAUGGCAAAAUCAAUAUCAACAAAUUCUCAUUCGCAAUAUUGACUGUUAUAGUUUGGCAAUGGAUAAACAAGGAUAUCUUUAUGUUUCUGAUAUUGUGAAGAAUGAAGUGAGACGAUGGAAAAUGGGUGAAUACAACACUGAAGGAAUUAUAGUGGCAGGUAGAAAUGAAAAAGGAGAUCAACUCAAUCAACUGCAUUAUCCUACUUUUAUCUUUGUUGAUGACGAUCAAUCGGUUUAUGUAUCAGAUUGCUUCAAUAAUCGUGUGAUGAAAUGGAAAAAAGAUGCAAACGAAGGAACAAUUGUAGCUGGAGGAAAUGGUUGUGGAGAAAAUCUCAAUCAAUUGGCUUUUCCUCACGGAGUAAUUGUUGACGAUUUGGGUCAAAUCUAUGUGGCAGAUUGGCGGAAUCAUCGAAUAAUGUGUUGGUGUGAAGGAAGAAAAGAAGGUGAAAUUGUUGUUGGUGAACAUCGUAAAGGAGAUCAAUCAAAUCAGUUAAAUGGGCCCCAUGGUUUAUCUUUUGAUGAUGAAAAAAAUCUUUAUGUUGUUGAUAAUCGUAAUCAUCGAAUUCAAAAAUUUGAAAUAGAUUUGUAA